UUUAUGCCUUUCUUAAAACAACAUUAGAAGGAGCAGAUGUCAUGGCGAUCAUCCUUUCGCUGCUCAAAGUUUCGUCACAUUUUUGGAAAGCCUGCCACCAAGGAACACAGCUACGACGGGGUGCCAAUCACACGUAGUGUCCACGACAACCACUACUGCUCAGCAAAUCCCUGCUUCAUCGCUGUGGUGACUGAGUGUGCGGGAGGCGGGUCCUUUUUAGUCCUGCCCAUCCAUCAUACAGGCAGAGUGGAUCCUCAGCAUCCGAGGGUGUGUGGCCACAGCGGCAGAGUCCUGGACGUCAAGUGGAAUCCAUUCGAUGAUUACUGCAUCGCCUCAUGCUCAGAGGACUGCACUGUGAAGAUCUGGGAUAUCCCAAUCUGUGGUGUCCAGCAGAACCUCACCAAGGCCAGGAAAACCCUGAUUGGUCACUCCAGAAGAGUGGGGCUAAUUGAGUGGCAUCCAACUGCUGAGAACCUUCUGCUAAGUGCUGCCUAUGACUACAAGGUCAGUGCCAAUCAUAUAACAUUAUGGCCUAAAUGGGUACCGUUUAUUUUUAUGAAAAGAAACAGUCAUUGCUUUUGUUUUGUAUUCGACUUCCUUCUAUAUUUUGUAUGUACAUAAUGCACCGAAAUCUUGGAGAAAAAGCCAAUUGUUGGUAUAGAAACUUUCCUAUAAUAGACACUUUACAAGAUUGAAGCAGUGAAGAAAGUGCCAACACAAGAGA